AAGAAUUUGUGAAAAUUUUGUAAUUUUUAAAGAAAGUAACCAUAAAAAAUGUGCAAAAACUAAUUAAUUAAACAAUAAACAACUAUUAAGUGUAUUAUUUAAGGCUAGAGGACAAUAUGAGUAACGAAAAAAUAGCCGAAGACAUUGCAAACUGUGUAAGAAAGAAUGUUCCGUGGCAUUUGUUGCCCGUGCAUCUAAAACAGAUUUUGCACAACAAUCAGCGCGACUAUGAGAAAUACGUUUUCAAUUAUAGUCUUAAAAAUCAAUUGAGAUUUCGUGGUAAUUUGGUAAAUAAAAUUUUCCGCAAAGAGCAGCGUUACUAUGAAUUGCUGGUGACCAAGUCUAUUAACACCCUGGGUUUGUUUCCCUAUCACUUGGCCGAUAUAGUGACCAAAGGUUUGAGAGUGACGCCAUUUAAUUAUUACCUAGAUGUUUUGUCGCAAUUACUGAAAAAUGAUAAAAGUUAUGAUACAUUGCCCAACUUUACGGCGGCCGAUUGUUUGCGUGUUUUGGGCAUAGGACGCAAUGAGUAUUUGUCCUUGAUAAGUGAGUUAAAGACGCACACUACGCGCGCCUUGCUGUUUACCGCCAAACCAAAUCCUUUGGAAUAUUUGCCCAAAUUUCCUCAACGCAUACGCAUUGAGCCCUGGUGGCGUGUAGAGGUGGGCUUUGUUUUGGAAUCUGAUAUACGCUACGUUACGCCAAACGAACGAAGUUUAAUAGAUGAUUUAAUAGAUUUUGGUUCCCAGACGGCGGGUAAAUGUGACUAUAAAGUGGUGCACAAUUUGUAUCGCAAGGGUUUGAUCUAUUUGGAUGUGCCCAUUUCGGGAGAGGAUAAAAUUUCCAUACCGCCAUUGAAAAAUUUUGUUAUGAACCGUGUUAGUGGCGACUAUUUCGAAAAUUUGCUGUAUAAAAUCUUUGUCAGUGCCGAUGAGUACAUGACCAUUUCCGAGUUGGCUCAAAUGUUGCAGCUGGAAUUGGAUUUAGUUAAACAAGCCAUUUCCCUAUUCUGUCGUUUGGGAUUUGCUCAAUUAAAGGAACAGGCUGCUUCACAGGAUAGUCCCUUAAACUGGCAAAAAUAUCAUGAAUCCUGGGAUGAGUUUAAGCGUGAGCAGGACUUGGCCAAAGAACAGCCACAGAUAACACCGCUCAACUAUAAUAACUACGUCAACUCAGAAACUGAUCAUGCUGGGGAAAUUGCCAAUAAAUCACGCGACUGCAGCAAGGAAAAACUCAAAGAUCUAGACUCUUCCUCUAUAGGCUAUCUUUCGUCCGAUGGCAAUACCAGUGAUUUCAGUUUUGCCAAUAUGCCCACACCUUCACCACAACCUACAGCCAAGACUUCACCCCAACAGAAUUCCGAUCCAGAUUUAUCUUCGGAAAUUGAUGAUUUAUCGGAGAGUACCACCAAGCCCUCCCUUAAAGAGAUAUUGCCGGAAUCUUCACCCAAAACCGGCAAACGAGUAGGAUUUCUAUUCGAUUCUACUCUAACGGCAUUCCUAAUGAUGGGAAAUCUAUCGCCGGGCUUGAAAAAUCAUGCCGUUACCAUGUUUGAGGUGGGCAAAUUGUGUGAGGAAAGUAUGGAUACAUUUUUAACCGAACUGGAAAAGGUUUCUUUACUUGAUGCCGAGGGCGAAGGAGAUGUUUCUAGAUAUUUUGCUCAUGCUGUUAUAUUACGUUCCACCAUCUGCUCUUUGAGACAUUUAUUGCCGGGUGGUUUGGAUUUGUUGCGUUUAGAGUGCUUGGAAUGUCUGGAUCAAAAGACUCGUGAUCGGGUGUUGGAAAAGAAAUACAAGUUUAUAAUAUCGUCAACACCCUUAACUGCCUCUUUGUCGCAUUUGUUUUCGAUACCCUUCUUUGGCCAGUUCUAUCGUUCAUCGGAUGCCUCACACAUGUGGACGAAAUUGUUUUAUAAUCAUAUCACAGGCUACGGACCACCUUCUUUAUUCCUUUGCCGCGGUACGGUCUUAAAAACCCUGCCACGCAUAUUCCUCGGCUAUGGCAAGCUGCUUGUCAAUAUCUUACAUUCCGAUUCGUAUGUGAUCAACAGCGAAAAUUUCCGUAAUCUUAAUGAUCAACUUAAAAAUGGUUGUAUACUUUUGCAAGGCUAUGGCAUUCGUACUCCCGGCGAGUUACGUUACGAAGCAUUCCCCUUCAAUACCAGAGAUAAAGAACAAAAUAAAUGGUCGGCCCAUAAGGCGGUGCAAAAGCUACAAGAACAGUUAGAUCUUAAAUAUCAUUGUGGCUAUAUAACAUUUGUAAAUACCGGGGUACCCGAUAUUGGUUGCGAUAACUAUGAAGUGGUGGUAAGGCUACGACAUCCCAAAAGUAAACUAAAGGCUAUGAGAAAGGAAAAUAGUCUUAAGGAAUCAGUGCCAAAUAUAAUGAAAAUGGAGAAGGAAAAGCCAGAAGAAUUGCCCGAGUUACCAAAGGAUCUAAUGUCGCCAGUGUGUAGUUUUGCCAGAUCAGCGGCCAUAAUAGGUACUUCUCCGCAACACAACUUAAAAACCCCCAAUGAAAACUAUUUUGCCAGCAGUCCCAAAAAUAAUGAACCGACUGCCGUCUACACCUCCGAAGACUGCAACGAGCUGUUGGCCUCCGAGUUGGCCAAAUGUAAAAACGAACUGGUUUCCCAGGGUUCUGUAGAAAUUCCCUUAGACAUGGCUAUUAAUGAAGCUGUAAGGCAAACAGUCGACUCCGAUGAGGAAGAAAGUGAGGAACAGGCUGAAGAGUGGACAUUAUUGGAUGUUAAUUAUGGUGUGCCGCUCUUCGAUGUGGAUUGUAAUACAAGAAUAUGCGAACAAAUUGUACGCAACUUGUGUGCGGAAGACAAUCUCAAGGAAUUGCCACAAAAAUCUUUGGAAAUGUCGGAGAAAUUUUAUGAUUUCAUUAAGCAAUGUUUGUACUUCGAGGACGAACGUAUGGAUCAAAUGAAAAUUGGUAAAAACUUACCGCAUCCACGUAUUAAUUUAGCAUUUGAAAAUGGCAAAGUUUGCUAUUGGAAUGGUAGAUAAAGGAGAGAUGAUGAAUGGAUAUGAUGGAAACAAAGGAGGAAAAGUAAAAGUAUUUUGAAUAAGUUUAAAAAUAAAUGAAACAUUUGUACAAAAAGAGAAUAAGGGGAUAUAGAGAAGAAAAGAGAGAGAGAGAAAGUAUAGCAAAGAGGCUAAAAACAUCUGAAGAACAAUCCAGCAAAAGAGGGAAACUUUAAAAAUAAAGGAAAUUUUGCUAUUUGCUUAUAAAGUAUUAUAAAGUGUUAUUCCCAGUAUAUGUAACAGGAUCUGUAUGGAGUAUUUUCCUUUCUUUUCUAUAUCAUCUUAAGGUAUUUUUUGCAACUAAAUUUACUUAAGUAAAAUAAACCCAGUGCAAAACAGUUUUUAUUUUAUUUUUACAAAAUAUACAAUACAUUUUCUCUAAGUAAUUAGAUAAUUAUUUACUUUAUUGUUUUAUUGUUUAUUUAAUAUAAAUCUAGAAACAUUCCAUUUUUUAAUUUUUCAAUAUUUUUUUUUCUUUAUUUUUAUUACUAACAUUUUUUGUUAUCUUUAUAAUUAUCUUAUCGUUUUUUUUAUUAUUAUUUUACAACUACUAAUUUGCUGAGUUUUAUUUUAACAUUAUUAUUUCCUUAUUUCCUUCAAUAACUAGAUUAUUUUAUUAAUAUAUAAAAUAACUAAUAAAAAAGAAAUUGAAAUAAUUCAAUAUUUAUGCAAUAUUUUACUUUGCUGUUUCAAGUCCAUUAGUUUAUUUAAGUCUAUUUUCCGGCAAUUUACAUACCAAUAUACGAAUGAAUAUAUUCAAUAUUUUUAAUUAUCAGCUUAUUAUUAAUGAGAAUUAACUAUUAAUUAAUAAAAAAUCAAAUACAUAUAUAAAAAUAUAUUUUAACAAACAAAAAUAAAAUACAGUAUAAGAUUUAAAUGAAAUCGUAAACAUUUGUAACUACAUAAUUCCAAAAAGAAUGAAAUUAUAUAUACAAAAAGAUUAAAUAAAAGAAAUUACUAAAAAAAAUAUUAAAAAAGAUUUUAAAAGCAUAUUAA